UCCAUGUCUUUCAUAAUAAUUGUGAACAAUAAGGCAACUUUUUUUAAACCGUGCAGUUCCCCUUUAAAACUUGCUAGAUACAAAAUAUUUACUUUUAGGAGAAAAAAAAGAAAUGGUUGCUUAACGGGGACUUUUUUUUUUUGACUUUCUUGAAAUUAUUCUUUUGCAGCCUCUACUUCCAAUCACAACAACCCAGCAGCCAGACAGUCAAGACAAGCAUGCCGGCUUUCACAUUUCAGACAUAGUUCUGGUUGUAGUGUAAAACAUUCCUGCAUGCUCGCAGAUAGACAUCAUUGUGUUCCAGCUGUCUUGGAGCUCACAUUUGUUGGGAGUGUGUGUUUAUCCUUGGGCGGUUUAGGAGUUAGUGCAUGGGAAAAGUGUGUGUUUUGUAGGUGUGUGUCGCUACAGUGUUGCAGGAAGCUUCCUUUAGAAAGGGAAAUAGUUUAGUUACCCCCCCUUUUUUUUUUCUUUUUUUUUUUUGCAAGGACCCCCGGCGGGUCUCGAACUCCGAUUGGAGAACCUUCCAUGCUGCCAUUGUGUUCAAUUCGCAGCGGGCUGUUGGCAAACUUAAAGGUACCCGCGCCGAGACGUUGAUUAUCGGGCGCGAUGUGAAAUGUGCGAGUGUUGAAGCGGCGAUCGUCCUCGCCGCUCGUUUUUUUCUUCUUCCCCUCGUCCCCGGACACCUCCGCUCCUCGGCGGCCGCACGCUGUGUGGAGGCAGCACGUAGAGCAGCGAAGGAAGGAAGAAAGAAAGGAAGGAAGUGGGGCAAGGGGUGCAUUUUAAUACCAAAUCGGGACACAUGUUGAGCUAACGGCCCGCUCCACCUCCCCGCUUCUCCUCCGAAACGUUUGUUCCUCCGAUCCUCGCUUUGGAUCAAGCCAGCGGAGAGAAAGCACCAUCAUGGAUCCCAGUAAAAUUGCAGUCAGCAUCAACAAGGCCAUCAACACACAGGAGGUCGCUGUCAAAGAGAAGCAUGCGAGGAAUAUCCUUAUAUUUGCAGAAAACAAUGCGGUGCUCUGCUGGAAGUUCUGCCACGUCUUCCACAAACUGCUGCGAGAUGGACAUCCACACGUGAUAAAGGACUCUAUGAGGAAUAAAGCGGAUUUGACCGACAUGAGCAGAAUGUGGGGUCACUUAAGUGAAGGCUACGGCAAGCUCUGCAGCAUCUACCUCAAACUGCUCAUCACCAAAAUGGAGUUUCACAUUAAAAACCCACGGUUCCCUGGCAACCUGCAGAUGUCAAACAGACAGCUUGAAGAGGCGGGAGAGAAUGACGUCAACAACUUCUUCCAGUUAACCGUGGAGAUGUUCGAUUACCUUGAGUGUGAACUCAACCUCUUCCUCAGUGUGUUCAGCUCGCUGGAUAUGUCUCGGUCAGUGUCGGUGACGGCGGCAGGCCAGUGUCGUCUGGCCCCGCUCAUCCAAGUCAUCUUGGACUGCAGCCACCUGUAUGACUACACCGUCAAGCUGCUCUUUAAGCUACAUUCAUGCCUUCCAGCAGACACUCUCCAGGGCCACAGAGAUCGCUUCCAGGAACAGUUUAAGAAGUUGAAGAGUCUGUUUUAUCGAUCCAGUAAUUUGCAGUACUUCAAGAGGUUGAUUCAGAUUCCACAGUUGCCUGAGAAUCCGCCAAACUUCCUACGUGCGUCUGCCUUGUCGGAGCACAUCAGCCCAGUGGUCGUGAUCCCGGCCGAGUCGUCUUCACCAGAGUCGGAACAUCUGGUAGAAACUGAAGACCUGGUGGACACAGACGUCCCCGUCCUGCCGGCUCCUUUGGAGACCAAGUUUGACGACCUGUUUGGCACCUCCGCUGCAAUCGACCCCUUCAACUUCAGCAAUCAGAAUGGGAUGCGCAAGGAUGAUAAAGACCGACUCAUUGAACAGCUGACCAAGGAGAUCCAAGCCCUUAAAGAUGAGUUGGAAUCAUUCCGACUGGAGAGUGGUCGAUUAUGUCAGGCAUUGAGGGGGCGUGUCAAUGAGCUGGAGGCGGAGCUUGCGGAGCAGAGCCACCUGAGGCUACAGGCAGCAGGGGAGAGCGAGUUCCUGAGGGCCGAGCUUGAUGACCUGAGGAGGGUCAGAGAGGACACGGAGAAAGAACAGCGGAGUCUGACUGAGAUAGAAAAAAAAGCCCAGGCUAAUGAGCAGCGCUACACCAAGCUGAAGGAGAAGUACACCGAGCUGGUGCAAAGUCAUGCUGACUUACUGAGGAAGAAUGCAGAGGUGACCCGGCAGAUGACGGUGGCUCGGGCAGCGCAGGAUGAAGUGGACGCAGUGAGGAAAGAGAUGCAGGACAAGGUGAAGGCCGCCCAGGAGGCCGCAGGCAGACAGGAACAAAAGCAGAGGGAGUACCUUGAGGAGAUGCAGAGAGAGCUGUUGUCCAGCAGGGCGGAGCUGGACUCCAUCAAGACCGUCAUGACCUCGUCACAACAGUCAAGCGAGGCUCUCGGCACGCAGCUGGCUGCCCUGGAAUCUGAGAAAGCGGCACUGGUCGAGUCCUUGUCCAAAACAGAGACGGAGCUGGCCAUUCGGGGGGAGGACCUUGAGCUUGUUCAAACCUCAUUGGCCAGUGAGAGGGAGAGCGGCGUGAAGACUGCAGAAGCCCUACAAAAUCAGCUCAACGAUAAGGAGAGCAGGGAGCAGGCGUUAGAGAGUCAGCUGGUAGCGGCACGCUGGUCCAGUCUGCAGGGAGCUGUGGAAGAGGCAGAGAGGAUCAUCCAAGACUCACUCGCCCAGAUCGACGACCCGGCACACAUCAGCUGCACCAGCUCAGCAGACUACUUGGCAUCCAGAUGUCAAGCCUCUUUAGACUGUGUGGACAAGCUCCAUACUGCCAGAGACGCCUUCCUGGCUGACGACACAGGUGUUUUUCAUUUGCUUAAAGUGGUAACCCAAUGUGGACACCUAGUGGGCGACACCAUUGUUCAGGGCAGUGCCACCUCUCACAUGGUGCCUGUGGAACAGGCUGAUGUUCUGUCAGAAAGCGUGAAGGCGUGUGGGACAGAGGCGCUGGUUCUGCUGGGCCACAUGAAGAAGCGGGAGAGCCUGACGACGGCAGACAACAGCAAGCUGAAGGCGACUCUCCAAACCAUGCUGGCCUCUGCAGAGAAACUACGACCUCGGGGUUUGGAGCUGCAGCAGGGGGAGCUGGGCGAUCUUGUGGAGCAGGAAAUGGCGGCCACAUCUGCAGCUGUGGAGUCGGCUGCUGCCCGGAUAGAGGAAAUGCUCAACAAGUCUCGGGCAGUUGAUACAGGCAUCAAGAUGGAGGUCAAUGAGAGGAUCCUAGCGUCGUGUACAGAUCUGAUGACGGCCAUCAAGAAGCUUGUUCUUUCUUCCAAAGAUCUGCAAAGGGACAUAGUAGAGAGUGGGAGGGGAGCAGCAUCCACUAAGGAAUUUUAUGCCAAAAACUCCCGCUGGACAGAGGGCCUGAUAUCUGCCUCCAAGGCAGUCGGCUGGGGCGCAACUGUCAUGGUCGAUGCGGCUGAUCUGGUGGUGCAGGGCAAAGGGAAGUUUGAGGAGUUGAUGGUGUGUUCUCAUGAAAUCGCUGCCAGCACCGCACAGCUUGUUGCGGCUUCUAAGGUGAAAGCCGACAAAGACAGCAGCAACUUGCACCGCCUGCAGCAAGCGUCCCGAGGCGUCACCCAGGCGACGGCUGCUGUGGUGGCCUCCACCAAGUCUGGCAAGUCCCAGAUUGAAGACAAAGAUACCAUGGAUUUCUCCAGCAUGACGCUUACACAGAUCAAACGUCAGGAGAUGGACGCUCAGGUGCUGGUGUUGGAGCUGGAGACACGUCUGCAGAAGGAGCGCGAGCGUCUCGGAGAGCUGAGGAAGAAACAUUACGAGCUGGCUGGGGUAGCGGAGGGCUGGGGGGCGGACGGCGAAGGUUCAGGUUGACCGCCAGCCUGCCUUCCACCUGAAGAAACUUCUUUUCUUUUCUUUUUAAUUUAUACUCUUCCCCUCUGCGUGUCUCGCUUUUGGUUUCCCCCCCUCUGCCAUUUGUCAAUCAAGCCAAAUGAAACGGUGCUUGUUCUCAA